AGAUGCUGCAGAGGUAGAACACCCUCAGCUGUUGGCUUUUAACUUGUGCAUUAGGACAAGUAUAGUGAAGAAGAUGAUGAGGAAAAGUCUGCAGGUGUGUUUACUCCUACUGAUGGUGGCGAGACUGCAGGGAAGGGUAACAGCACCAGAGCGUUUGGAAGCUCCGGUGCAGAAGCCCUUCACGCUGACUUGCAGUGUUUCGAGGGAGCGAGGUGAGUCUCUGAGGCAGGUGCGUUGGCUAGAUGUCCAGAACCAGACCCUGCUGACCUACCAGCCCGGACAAAAAGACAGCGUGAGCGGACAGCAGCACGUGGAGCUCGCCCCCUCCCCAAAGGACACCUCGGCCAUCACCAUCCGCAGGGUGGGCUUCCGUGACGAAGGAUGCUACACCUGCAUCUUUGAUAUGCAUCCGUCCGGUUCGAAGCAGGGACAGACCUGCCUCACCGUUACCGCGCAAGUCACUGUCGACAGCAACAAGACGGCAGUGGGCGGCAAGAGGGCCUCCCUCUCGUGCUCGUACGGCUUGCCUGAGAAGGUGCAGCAGAUCACAUGGACACACACCUCUGUGCAAGGACACGCCACGGAGGUGGCCUCCUUUGCAAAGCGCAGUGACCCCAUGAUAGAGCCACCGUACCAGGGGAGAGUCUGGCUAAGCGCCUCCCUGUCCGACAGCCAGCUCACCAUCCAGCCUGUCGCCAUCCAGGACGAGGGCUGCUACACCUGCCUGUACGCCACACAUCCUGAAGGGCAGAAGAGCUCCACGGUUUGCCUCUCCACCUAUGUGCUGCCCAAACCUCAGGUGAGCUACAAGACUACCUCUCCAGGUGUGAUCGAAGCCAACUGCACCUCAGUGUCGCGCCCCCCAGCAGAGAUCGUGUGGAACGUGGAGAGGGAUAACCGCACCAUGGGCCCCCCUGUGACGACACAGCUCCCGCAGGGCGACGGGACCACCCUGGUCAUCAGCACGCUGACUGUCCAAUCAGGGCUGCUGAAAGACGUGUCCGUCAAAUGCUUGGUGCACCACAAAGGGCUCGAGUCACCAAUUGCUGUAUCCAUGAACACGAAAAUUGGGACGGCUCUCACCAUCCUGAUCUCAGUCACUACCGUGGCAGCCCUGUUGGUCAUGUCCCUCUGCUUCUGCCUCUGGAAGUGUUUCUUGCGCAAAGAAGCUGAUUAAUCUUCCAGAUGAGACCAGGAGCUGAAAAAAAGAGGCAGAAUUGUUUCCCUGCAUCAUCAUCAUCCUGGUACAAAGGGAAGAUGUUCUGACACACCUCAAUAGGAUGUCAAAAACAAUCCUAUGUAUGAGCGCGGACUGUACGACGACAUUCACCUCUGCUCUUCUGCCUCUGCACAUAAUCUCCAGACUGUCCUCACAGGGAGUGAACAAGAACUGUAAUUGAUUGAGACGAUGGCCACACAUUCCACAACACGCAGCAGAGUCACUGUACGGCAAAUUAAAGUACAGUGACUUUUCUGUUACAGCACAUUGCAUGUCUUAAAAGUACUCUCCUCUGUUUAUCCCUCUAUUUUUCCUGGUCCUUCAAGGAUACAUCUAGAGAUGUUCUAUUUUUCUUAAUCAACCAAUCCCAUGAAAAGCCUCAGCCACGAUGAAUAGAUUUCAGCUAUUUCAGCUUCGUGUGCGUAGCUGAGACCUGAUACAUCUUAUUUCUCUGUGCCAUGGAGCACCAUUGUUGUCCUGUAUUUUAUUUGAAGCCAAUCCCAUAUACACUGUCCCGCCUCCAUAAAUAUUCACAAGCACACCAAAGGUGUAUUAAUCCGCUGCUGAAAAUAGUCCCCAACAAACUUCUGUUUGGGCAACAUUUGCUAAAACCUACAGUGCCCAGCUGGUUUAGGAAAUUAUUUAGCCUUUUGAAUGAUGAUGAAAUUAUUUACAUGGGAUUUUUUGACAAUGGGAAAAAAUAUAGAAUAUCAUCAGCUUUAUCCUUUAAAUAAGGAAGUAAGGAGCUGGGUGGGGUCAAGGAUAUUCUUCAUUAGUUCGACUACAAGGGCUGCAUACUUAUGCCUUGUUUGUGUAAUAUCUAUUGCAAACUUUUCUACAUGUUUCUGAUUGAGUGUGUUGUGUGUGUGUGAAAUAGAGAGUGUGUGUGUGUGCAUGUGCAUAUAGGUUGAUAGGUUCCAUGCUCAGAUAGCUUGAGUCAGUUCCCUUAGGAAGCAACGCUGAAACCUUUCUGGUGCCCCCGAGAGGAAUGUGUGUGUUGCUGCCUGUCUGCGUGGCAGAGUCAGGUGAGUUCAUGUGAGGAUGAGUGAUCAGGUUAGACUGUGGUUUGAUUGUGGUUUAAUGUCCAGAGGAGCCUUUGAGUGUUUUUGAAAACUCCGUGCCUGCUCAGUUCUACAUUCCUCUGGAUCAAAGUGCCUACAAUAUAAGGCUAGGAGGGUUUUGGCAUAUAUCAUGUUUACAUGUGUCCAGGAGCAUUUAAACACUCAAGAUUCAUGCUGAAAUAAUCAACAAAAUGACAUGCAGGUUGUCAGAUGUCAAGCUUAGUGCUUCAAUCUGGAAAAUCUAGUUCCUCACCAUUAAGGAGAGUUAUAAUAGGCAGCAUUCCUCUGUCUGCAAAGUUUCACUACAUGCAUACGACACUUAUUACGAGCUCAGAGCUUCAGUAGAAUAACUCUGAAAUGUGUUUUCAGAACAGUUUCUUAAAUGAAUGCAAAUGUAGCAUAGCAUCCAGCCCAGAACAGAGCAACUGUAGUCCCGUGAAAGACGUAGAAUAUGAAACGAUGCAUUUUGACCAACUAUGUAAGGUUGAU